AUGGGGCAGUGCCUGAGGUACCAGAUGCACUGGGAGGACCUGGAGGAGUACCAGGCCCUGACCUUCCUGACCAGGAAUGAAAUUCUAUGCAUCCACGACACCUUCCUGAAGCUCUGUCCUGCUGGCAAGAGCUACAAGGAAGCCACGCUGACCUCGGAGCAGCUCAGCUCCCUGCCGGCCCUGAGGGUCAACCCCUUCCGAGACCGCAUCUGCAGGGUGUUCUCCCGCAACGGCGUGUUCUCCUUCGAGGACGUGCUGGGCCUGGCGUCGGUGUUCAGCGAGCAGGCCUGCCCCAGCCUGAAGAUAGAGUACGCGUUCCGCAUCUACGAUUUCAACGAGAACGGCUUCAUCGACGAGGAGGACCUGCAGAGGAUCGUGCUGCGCCUGCUCAACAGCGCCGACGUGUCCGAGGACCUGCUGACCGACCUCACGCACCACGUUCUGACGGAGUCUGAUCUGGACAAUGACAACAUGCUGUCCUUCUCCGAGUUCGAGCACGCCAUGGCCAAGUCUCCAGACUUCAUGAACUCCUUCCGGAUCCACUUCUGGGGAUGCUGA